UGCGAGUUUCCCACGGUUUACUAUCACCUGCAAGAACAUAUAAAUACACAAACACACAUUGAUACAAAAACAGAACACAGAAACAUUUUUUACAUCAAUUUAGCUAUCACACAAAUAAUUUUUAUGUCGAACACUAAUUCUCCGACCACCGGGAAUCAACAAACGACGACGUUUCGUGUAGCUUCAAUCGCAUUACCUUCUAAACCCUAUGAUCAGUCUCCUCAAUCCUCACCAUGCUCAUCUUCUUCACCGAGACCAUCACUCACCUCCGGUGUAUCUCCGGCGAGGAGAACAACGACUGGAUUAUCCGGCCGGCACUCAUUUUUCAGGGGAAUUCGUCUAAGAAACGGAAAAUGGGUAUCGGAGAUUCGAGAGCCGCGUAAAACGACACGUAUUUGGCUCGGGACUUAUCCGGUGCCGGAGAUGGCUGCCGCCGCUUACGACGUGGCGGCGUUAGCUCUUAAAGGCUCCGACGCCGUUUUGAACUUUCCCGGUUUGGCUUCGACUUACGUGGCUCCGGCUUCGAACUCUGCCGCCGAUAUAAGAGCUGCCGCUGCGAGAGCCGCGGAGAUGAAGCAGCCGGAUCCGGGUGGAGCUGAGCGGGUAGAGAAUUCGGGUCGACCCGGAAAGAAGGAGGAGGAGGAAGAGGAAGAAGCUUUAUUAUCUUGUUCGUUGGAGUUUAUGGACGAGGAAGCGAUGCUGAAUAUGCCGAGUUUGUUGACGGAGAUGGCGGAAGGGAUGCUGAUGAGUCCGCCGAGAAUGACAAAUCCGACGAUGGAUGAUUCGCCGGAGAAUCAUGAAGGAGAUAGUCUCUGGAGUUACAAAUGAUUGAUUCCAUUGAAGCUGUCUUUUUCUUCUUUUUCUUCUUCUUGGAUGAGAUUUUUGUUUUCUUUUUGUAUUAAUUUUUGUUAUUCUUUACUCUUUGGUCGCUGUAAUGUAAAAUCAAAAUAGGUUAUUAACUUAUUAUAUUGUCUAUGUUUU